AUGGCACGGCAGGAAGCGAACAACGUAUUCGCACUGACGUCGUUGCUUUACGGCGCCAACGCAUCCUAUAUCGAAGACCUCUAUGCCCAGUACAAGACGGAUCCGAACUCGGUUGAUGCCGAGUGGCAGGACUUCUUUGCGGCCUUCCAGGAUGAAAAGGAAGCAGUGCUCAAGGAAGCACGCGGUGCUCCCUGGAAGCGCAAGGACUGGCCGAUCGAAGCCAAUGGCGAUCUCGUCAAUGCCUUUGACGGCAACUGGGCACCGAUAGAGCAACAGCUCGGUGACAAGCUCAAGAAAAAGGCCGAGGCCAGGGGCGAGCCUGUUUCCGACGCAGAGGUUCACCAGUCGACCCGGGAUUCGGUUCGUGCCCUGAUGAUGAUCCGGGCCUACCGCAUGCGCGGUCACCUUCACGCCGACCUCGAUCCGCUGGGUCUUGCCGGCAAGGGUGAUCACGAAGAGCUGCAUCCGUCGUCCUACGGCUUCACGGAAGCCGACUGGGACCGCAAGAUCUUCAUCGACCAUGUUCUGGGUCUGGAAUACGCCACCAUCCGCGAGAUGAUGGAUAUUCUGAAACGGACCUAUUGCUCGACACUAGGUGUCGAGUUCAUGCAUAUUUCCGACCCGGCGGCCAAAGCCUGGAUCCAGGAACGCAUCGAGGGCCCGGACAAGCAGGUUGCCUUUACCUCCGAGGGCAAGAAGGCAAUCCUCAACAAGCUGGUCGAGGCGGAAGGCUUCGAGAAGUUCCUGGAUGUCAAGUACACCGGCACCAAGCGUUUCGGCCUAGAUGGCGGUGAAGCCCUGAUCCCUGCACUUGAGCAGAUCAUCAAGCGCGGUGGCCAGAUGGGGCUCAAGGACAUCGUUUUCGGCAUGGCGCACCGUGGCCGGCUGAACGUGCUUUCCCAGGUGAUGCGCAAACCGCAUCGCGCCAUCUUUCACGAAUUCAAGGGCGGUUCCUAUGCACCUGACGAGGUGGAAGGUUCCGGCGAUGUGAAAUAUCACCUCGGUGCAUCAUCCGACCGGACGUUCGACGGUAACAACGUUCACCUGUCGCUUACAGCGAACCCGUCUCAUCUGGAAAUCGUCAACCCGGUCGUGCUCGGCAAGGCGCGUGCAAAGCAGGACCAGCUUGCGGCCGACGAGAACGGCAAAUUCAUCGAGACCACCGAGGUUGAACGUAACACCGUCUUGCCUCUGCUGCUGCACGGCGACGCGGCAUUCGCCGGCCAGGGUGUCGUCGCGGAGUGCUUCGGCCUGUCAGCGUUGCGCGGCCAUCGUACCGGUGGUUCUGUUCACGUCAUCAUCAACAACCAGAUCGGCUUUACCACCAACCCGCGCUUCUCGCGGUCCUCGCCCUAUCCGUCCGAUAUGGCGAAGGUGAUCGAGUCGCCGAUUUUCCACGUCAAUGCGGACGACCCGGAAGCGGUCGUGUUCGCAGCCAAGAUCGCGAUCGAGUACCGCCAGACCUUCCAGCGUCCGGUGGUCAUCGAUAUCAUCUGCUAUCGCCGCUUCGGUCACAACGAGGGCGACGAGCCUGCGUUCACGCAGCCGAUCAUGUAUCGCAAGAUCCGCAAGCACGCGACGACGUUGCAGCGCUAUUCCGAGCGCCUGAUCAAGGAAGGUGUGCUCAGUCAGGAAGACGUCGACCGGAUGAAGGCGGACUGGCGCGAGCACCUGGAUGGCGAAUUCGAUGCCGGUCAGGCAUUCAAGCCGAACAAGGCCGAUUGGCUCGACGGCAAAUGGGCCGGCAUGAAGAGGGCCCGCGAUGAGGAAGACCCUCGCCGCGGCGAAACCGGGCUCACGAUCGCCGAGAUCAAGGAGAUCGGCCGGGCUUUGACCCAUGUGCCGGAAGGCUUCAACAUCCACCGCACCAUCUCGCGCUUCAUGAAGCAUCGUGAACGCAUGAUCGAGACCGGCGAGGGGAUUGACUGGGCAACUGCGGAAGCGCUUGCCUUCGGCUCUUUGCUGAAGGAAGGCCAUCCGGUGCGCCUGUCGGGCCAGGAUUGUGAGCGCGGUACAUUCUCCCAGCGUCAUUCGGUCCUUUACGACCAGGAAGACGAAAGCCGCUACAUCCCGCUCAACCAUGUUUCGCCGGACCAGCAGCGCUACGAGGUCAUCAAUUCGAUGCUCUCCGAAGAGGCGGUGCUCGGGUUCGAGUACGGUUAUUCACUGGCCGAGCCGCGUGCUCUGACCAUGUGGGAAGCCCAGUUCGGCGAUUUCGCCAACGGGGCACAGGUCCUGUUCGACCAGUUCAUUUCGUCAGGGGAACGCAAGUGGCUGCGCAUGUCCGGUCUCGUCUGCCUUCUGCCGCACGGCUAUGAAGGUCAGGGGCCGGAACACUCCUCUGCCCGUCUCGAGCGGUAUCUGCAACUCUGCGCGGAAGACAACAUGCAGGUUGCCAAUUGUUCGACACCGUCGAAUUAUUUCCACAUCCUGCGGCGGCAGUUGCGCCGCGAUAUCCGCAAGCCGCUGAUCCUGAUGACGCCGAAAUCGCUCCUGCGCCACAAGAAAGCGGUCUCCAGGAUCGACGAACUCGGUCCGGACACCACAUUCCACCGUCUGCUUUGGGAUGAUUGGGGUCCCAAUCUGAGUUCGGACGGCAAGCUCGUGUCGGACGACAAGAUCCGCCGGGUCGUGAUGUGCUCAGGCAAGGUCUACUACGACCUGUUUGAGGAGCGCGAGAAACGCGGCGUCGAUGACGUGUACCUGAUGCGUGUCGAGCAGCUGUAUCCGUUCCCCAAGAAGGCGCUGAUGCUUGAGCUUGCCCGCUUCCCCCAGGCCGAAAUGGUCUGGUGUCAGGAAGAGCCCAAGAACAUGGGCAGCUGGUUCUUCGUUGAGCCCUAUAUCGAAUGGGUCCUGGAACAGAUCGACGCCAAGCACCGGCGGCCGCGUUAUGCCGGUCGUUCCGCGAUGGCAUCGACCGCGACAGGUCUGAUGUCCGUGCAUCUCGCGCAAAUGCAGCAAUUCCUUGAAGAGUCUCUUGGAAACUGA